AUGGAGCAGCCCAGGGAGAAGGAACAAUUGCUGGACGAGGAAGAAGAACACCAUAAGAAGAGUACAGGAUGUCUGGGGAACCCACAGGAAGGACAACAAGAGAAAAAGGAUCAAGAAGGAAAGUUAGAAGAAACGGAUCCCAAUCGAAAUGGAGAUGGAGAUCUGUUAGGAAAUAAUAAUAAAACGCAGGAGGAUGAAUGUGUAGACAAGGAAACAGAAAAAACUGAUGAGAAGCAAGAAGAGGCUCUGGAAGAAGAUCACCGAAAGCCAGAAGAGGAACUUACAAUACAGCCUUUAUCAGCGGAUAAAUGUACAUCAGAAGAUACGCCACCAGUUCCACCAGAGACCCAAAACGGGGAGCUGACCAACAAACCCACAGAAGAUAUGGAUCUGAGAGAUAUUUUAAAAGAGAACCCAGAAGCAAGUGAGGAAACCUUACAUGAGCAGGAGAUUCUGGAAGAGAAGGAGAAUCAGCAAAAGGACACUAAACUUAGUUUGGAUAACGUCUUUACCGAGGAGGAUCUGUCCAAUGAGCAGGUGACAUAUUCACAGGAAUCCAAUGAUGAGCAGGAGACUCUGAAAGAGAAGAACAAUCAGCAGUCAGCAGAACAAAACAACAACAAACUUGGUCCUAACGGGGAGGAGGAUCUGCCCAAUGAGCAGGUGACACAGUUCUUAAGGCAUUUGAUUGCCAAAUUGUGGCCAGAACUUGGAUCCAAUCCUGGCCUUCAUUUGGAACGAGCCAGUGCCAAGGGAGACAACUAUCUGGGCGUGGUUUGGCGUCUCCAAAUUGACGCUGCCAUCGCCAAUUCCGAGUCAAAGUGCAGCCUGGUGGUCAAGCUUCCGCCACAGAAUCGCGUGCGCCGCAAGCAAUUCUUUGCACGUCCCUGCUUUCUCCGGGAAACAGCUGCCUACGAAGAGUUCCUGCCCCUGGCCGGGGAACUUCAAGAGAAGUGGCAAAUCCCAGCUGAAGAUAGAUUUCAGCAGCAUGCUCGUUGUUAUGGCACCCGUCAGGAUGAACCCAACGAAUGCAUCGUGCUGGAGGAUUUAUCCUGCUCUGGCUUUGAGCUUCACAAUCGUUUUGUCGACCUUCCGGAGGAUCAUGUGCGUCACGUUAUCCAUUCGUAUGCCAAGCUACAUGCUCUGUCUUUAGCUGGAAAGCGUCAGUGUCCCGAACGAAUGAAGGGACUCCAAGAAAUAGUAGAUUUUGAGCAACGACGCGAGGAUCAUGCUUUAGGUGUGUACUUUGAGAAUCUCAAGAGGAGUGCUCUCUCGUCUCUGACUGUGAACGACGAGUCCUAUAGGAUUCGCCUGGAGAAAUACUUCUCGCGGGGUUCGUACUUUGAACUGCUGCUGCCCUUGGUAAGUGGCUCCAAUUGUGAACCCUUUGCUGUCAUCUGCCAUGGAGAUUGCUGGAACAACAACAUUCUGUACCAAAGAAACGGAGGAGAUGGAGAGCUGAAGGAUGUGCGCCUCAUCGACUAGCAGCUGAUGCGUUAUGCUUCUCCUAUUACCGAUUUGGCGUACUUCCUCUUUACUUGCACAUCGAGAGACUUCCGGCAGAGGCACCUCAACCAGGUGCUGAAGGAUUACUACGAGGAGUUGGGCCAGCACUUGAUUAGAUUGGGUGAGCAAGUGGAGCAGCUAAUGCCCCGCUCUGCCUUUGAGCAACAGGUGGCCACCAAAGCGGCGGUGGGCCUGCUACUCGCCAUGAUGGUCCUACCCAUUGUCACGAUGCAGGGCCAGGAUGUGCCCGAUCUCCAAGCUAUCAGUGAUCGGAUUGAGGCCGGAGCAACCACAGAUCUUCAGGGAGCGGGAUUCCUGGGCGCGGGUAAUGAGGCAACAUUUAAGCAGCGCAUGCGUGAUGUGAUCCUCGACUGUGUUGACUUUAACUAUAUCUGAGGAAGAGCAAUGGGUCUUCGGGGUUACAGGUAAGGUUCAGACGGAUUCCAGCGCAGUUUCUUGAAGAUUUAGCACUUAAAUCGUUUGAAUGGAAACUGACGCAAGCCAAGAUCCAAGAUUAAUUGAAUAAAACAUUAAGUGCAAUGCGGA